AUGGGGUUACUCGGUGCCACCGCCGGGGCAGUGGCAGCUAAGAAGCUGCGGAGUGGAGCCAAGCGGCAGACCAGAGUCCCGCACUGGGGAUCCCCGAGCCUGGCGCAGCCGGCGCGAAACCCGCCCCACCCCCCACCCCCCGCGGCCGCACGACCGCGCCCAGCGGCAUCUCCAUCGGAGCGCGCGGCCACCGCUUUCCACCGUGGGGCGGGGCCCGGACUGGGGGCGGGGCGCCGGGCGGGCGCGGCGCUAUUUCCAGCCUCGCCGGAGGCUUCGCUCGCACUUCGCUGGGAGCCUUCCCGGCGCUGGCGCUGGACCCGGAUCCGGUGGUACCGCGGGGAGGAGACAGGACCGGGCGGUGGCGGCGGAGACAGGGGACGCAACCAGUGCCUGGGACCCAAUAGGAGCACGCCGCUGCAACCUCUCCCGCGUUCUCCAGCCGCCGACUCCACGCCAAUCGCCCACUCCCGGCACCUAGGACUACACGGAGAAAGAGACGCAGCCCGGCCCGAGCUGGAGCGGAGAUCCUACUUGCUUCCCAAGCUCCCGGGAAGAGGAUUCUCCUGCCGCCAAGAACCGCGCCGGACCGGAGGAACCCGUGGCCUGGAGAGCGCCGGCCGCUCCAGAGGCAUGAAGUUCAGCAUCAGGCCCCAGCAGCAUGACGGCCACUUGAGAAUACCCACAGAAAGGAUCACAGGAGAUUCAACUAGCAGAUCCCCAAGAGGCCUCCAACUUCAGGUACCUGACCAGCCUCGACCUCCCCCGAAGGCCGCGGGGUCUCCUUUGCGACUCCAGCAGCGCAUGCGGAGACUGCUCAUCAAAAAGAUGCCAGCUGCGGGGACCGUCCGCGGCAUGAACUCGUCUGAGACCUUGGUCCAGCCAAGACCCCACGCCAUGGACAGUCGCUGGGCCAGCCUGCACCAGAGCCAGCAGGAGCGCAAGCGUGUGAUGCGAGAAGCCUGUGCCAAGUACAGGGCCAGCAGCAGCCGCAGGGCUGUGACCCCGCGCCACGUGUCCCGCAUCUUCGUGGAGGACCGCCACCGCGUGCUGUACUGCGAGGUGCCCAAGGCAGGAUGCUCCAACUGGAAGCGGGUGCUCAUGGUGCUCGCAGGGCUGGCCUCGUCCACGGCCGAUAUACAACACAACACCGUCCACUACGGCAGCGCCCUCAAGCGGCUGGAUACUUUCGACCGGCAGGGCAUCGUGCACCGUCUCAGUACCUACACCAAGAUGCUCUUUGUCCGGGAACCCUUUGAGAGGCUGGUCUCUGCUUUCCGAGACAAGUUUGAGCACCCCAACAGCUACUAUCACCCUGUCUUUGGCAAGGCUAUCCUGGCCCGCUACCGGGCCAACGCCUCGGGGGAGGCACUGCGGACUGGCUCCGGUGUGCAGUUCCCGGAGUUCAUCCAGUACCUGCUGGAUGUCCACCGGCCCGUGGGCAUGGACAUCCACUGGGACCACGUGAGCCGCCUGUGCAGCCCCUGCCUCAUCGACUAUGACUUCGUGGGCAAAUUCGAGAGCAUGGAGGACGAUGCCAACUUCUUUCUGCGUCUCAUCCACGCGCCUGGGAACCUGACCUUCCCGAGGUUCAAGGACAGGCACGCUCAGGAGGCUCGGACCACGUCGAGAAUCACCCACCAGUACUUCGCGCAGCUCUCCUCCCUGCAGCGGCAGCGGACCUACGACUUCUACUACAUGGAUUACCUGAUGUUCAACUACUCCAAGCCUUUCUCGGACCUGUACUGAGGGGCGAGGCCUGCUGCUGGUCAGGGGAGGGCCUUGUCUGCCCACUCACCUCCAGGAGCUGAGCUCUACCGCGGGCCUCAGACCAUGUGAGGUGUG